UAAACUUGAUCCACUUAGCACACUAGUAGUAGUACCUUGCGCGGGCGCUACUCUUUCUUGAGGUUCCGUAAAGGAUGAUCCACUCUCCAACAUAAGCUAGUGAAAAAAAAAAAAUACUCAAGAAAGAUAGAUAGAUAGAGAUAGAUUAUAGCCCUUGCAGUAUAUAAGCAAAACCUUCUUACCCACCAAGUAUCAAACAGAACUCACAGUUCGAUUUGUUAGGGCAUUUCACACAGCUAGUCUUCCAUUUUUCCUGAGUAUCAUCAACAAGCAUCAUGCUACCCAAGGCUGUACUUGUUUGUGCCUCCAUUAUCCUGGUGGUUAGUGGAGCGAAAGUGCCUCGGCUAGUUCUGGACGACACGUACGUCAACCGAGUCGUCGGUGGAGAAGUGGCGAAGAACGGAUCGGCACCGUACCAGGUGUCGCUUCAGGUAGCCGGCUGGGGUCAUAACUGUGGUGGAUCGCUGCUGAACGAUCGUUGGGUCCUAACGGCCGCUCACUGUCUCGUUGGAAACGAUCCCAGUGACCUUGUGGUGCUUGUCGGUACCAACAGUCUCAAGGAGGGAGGCGAACUGUUGAAAGUAGACAAGCUGCUGUACCACAGUCGCUACAACCGUCCUCAGUUCCACAACGAUGUCGGACUGGUACGGCUAGAACAACCGGUAAAGUUCUCGGACACCGUCAAAAGCAUCGAAUACUCGGAAAAGGAAGUGCCAGUCAAUGCGACCGUACGUUUGACGGGCUGGGGUCGUACUAGUGCCAACGGACCUGUGCCUACGCUGCUGCAGAGUCUGAACGUCGUUACGCUGUCGAACGAAGAGUGCAAGAAAAAGAUGGGCAGUCCUUCCAAUGUCGAUCUGGGACAUGUCUGCACCCUGACCAAAGCUGGUGAAGGAGCAUGCAAUGGUGACUCCGGUGGUCCGCUGGUUUACGACGGAAAGCUGGUAGGAGUGGUAAACUUCGGUGUCCCAUGCGGUCUUGGAUAUCCUGAUGGGUUCGCUCGGGUAUCGUACUAUCAUGACUGGGUUCGCACUACUAUGGCCAACAAUAAAUAGACAGCUGGAGUUGAUGACUUUCUGUAGUUACGGAAAUGAUAUUGAUGAAUAAAAAUGAUAUUUUUUGCAUAA